CUUCAAUCCAUAGGGUCUUGAUGGUUCUUUAUAGUGAAUGCUACUAGUUGAUGCAAUCAUGGCCAUCAAUAGCCGUAUUUAUGAUGAAGAGAGCCAACAACCCAUGCAGCCCAUCUUGGUAUGCUGGCAUGCCACCCUCUUACGUUCAGGAGGCGCCCAGCCGAUUAUUACUCGGUCAUGACAUGGUGACGCGCAGUACACCGACCUAUAGCUAUACCUAGUAAUAAGCUAUAGGUUGUUAGAGAUUGGCCCUCUUGUUACCGCUAUACGACUUGACGACCUCUAAGAACUUUUGAAGGCUACUAUGUGACCUCAUUCUAUAUAUGAAGAUGCCACCCCCUCUCCUAUAGCCACUAUUUUACAUGGAGUGGCGACAUCCACUACAGAAAGUGACCAAAUGACCGCUUACGUACAUAUUCAUACCAUUAAUGAUACCCAAGCGCUGUUUCGCCAUGACCUUCACCAGAGUUCUACACAGAAAUUCCGAUCCUGGAAGACCACAAAGUGUCGCAGCACGCCCGAGGUUCAAUUCGCAAGUCACCGAAGAUCGACUAAGAGAAAGUGAGACGUUUCCAACCUUCUCCAUGGCCAGCAAGAUUAGAGAAGGUCGACAGUCGAUGUUUAUUGAAGUAGGAUUGUUUGAAGACGAAGAGGAAGGCCAGCAAGAUCAACAAGGCACGACUUCCGAGAGCCACGAAGAGAUUGGACCAAGUGAAAGAAUAGAAUCGACCUCGGAAACGACUUCGCCAGUUGAAAAGAAGACCUCUGAUAGGGAAGAUUCGUCGGGAGGAAAGCCGAAUUGGCUAUCUAAAUUGACACCGAAAAGGCGUCCAAGGAUCAAAACAGCUUCUAGUGCGCUACCUCCCAUGUUUGCAGGGCUAUUUAGGCUCUCGAUGAUCGUUCUACUUAUUGCAAUUGUUCUUCCAACUAUUAGUUUUAAUAAUGGCCGCCAGAAGGUUGAGGUUAGCGGCGCAGACGCAAGAGUGACUAGACCAGCCCGAAGCAUCGUCCUCGAAGACCGUCAGAAUAGUCCUCCUAGUAUCUGUACAAGGUGGGCUGGCCAAAGCGCUCUCAUUAAUGGGACGAUAUACUACUACGGUGGUCGGUCGAAGACUACUGGCGACCAGGAAGCGAAUACAUGGAAUAACCACUUCAUUACCCUCGAUGUUACUAAAUCAUGGGAUAUCAGCUCCCCAGCUCUAACAGGCCUCCCGCAACCAUCCGGCCCCCCAGCCGUGUCGCUCGGUUAUCUUUGGAACGACUUGAAUCGUUUAUAUCUAUACGGAGGCGAAUUUUCCGACAACCCUAUAGCACUACCAUCCACAAUUUCUACAUGGGUGUAUGAUGUUGCUUCUUCGACGUGGACUGAGUUUGAAGACCCUAAAACUUCAGCCGGUAACUUCUCAGAUCCCGAAGGCGUUCCAAUACAACGAGCGGCGGAAGGAGCUGGAAUUUCUGUUCCCGAGCUGGGCGUCAGCUGGUAUUUUGGUGGUCAUCUAGACUGGGCCACUACACCAGGUUGGUCAGACCAGGUCGGUCGUGUUUACCUGAAGAGCUUACUUGAGUUUACGCAUCCUGGCUACGCCAACUCUGGAGUUGACUCACUCCGCUCUUCUGGUGCCCCUACCGGAGGCGCUUUCCGCAACAUCACCUGGGGCGGUAUUCAAAACCAAGAUGGUUUCAGCGAAAGAGCCGACGGUGUUCUCGUAUACGUACCCGGCUGGGGACCUAACGGCAUCCUGCUUGGUCUCGGUGGAGGGGUGGUUGGAGAUAACGAAACAACCGAUGCAUUCUCCUCCAUGAGCACCAUUGACGUGUAUGAUAUCAAAACGAGUACCUGGUACCACCAACAAACAUCAGGUGAAGCACCGCAAGUACGGGUCAAUCCGUGCGCGGUUAUCUAUUCUGCUUCCGACGCCAGCUCAUUCAACAUCUACAUGUACGGCGGACAAAACCUGCUCCCGUACGGCAACCAGACCCAAUACACAGAUAUAUGGAUCCUAACCGUCCCUUCAUUCACCUGGAUCAAAGUCGACACCACCACAAGCACACAACCGCCCGCCAGAGCCGGCCACCAAUGCGCCGCCCGAGACGGCCAAAUGAUCGUAAUAGGCGGCUACGUCGGCACCGAGCUUGCCUGCGACAGUCCCGGCAUCUACACCUUCGACGCCUCAAACCUAAAAUGGAAGACUUCCUUCGACGCAGCCUCGCACCCCGCAAACGCACACGCCGACAACAGCGUCCUCGCCGGCAGCUACGGCUACCAAGUCCCAGGCCUAGUACAAUCAAUAAUCGGCGGGUCCUCCGCGGGCGGUGCAACCGCAACACAACCAGCCUCAGGCCCCGCAACAGACGGGCCGUUCAAAACCGGCACGCCCCCCGUCUUCACCAUCACGCAGGCAGGCAGCACCGCGACGAUAACAAACAGCCCGGGCGCAACUGGCUUAGCCCCCGGGAACACCACCCCGGCGCCGCAAGCGACGAACGGCGGCUUGAUCACCGCGGGUGUGAUCGCGGGCUUUGCCGGGCUCGCGGCGCUGUACCUCGGUUUCUGCGCGUGGCUGUACCGCCGCCAGGUCGCGGCGUAUAAGCGGCACAUGGAGGUCGCGAACCGGUAUUCCGGCGCCACCACUACCGCUGGUGACAAUGAUGACGACGACACCACUAACAACGGCUUCCUAGCCCCAACCAAUCUCCGCGAAAAACUGCGUAAAACCCAGCGCCACAACUCCGAAAACGGGACCGGCGAACGGUUCGGCUGGGUCGGACAGCUCGGCGAGCCGAAGGUGCCGAUGGCUGGGAACGGGGAGGAGCGGAGUCCUGGGACGGGGACGUCGGGGUCGGGGUCGGGGCGGUUGAGGCCGAGUGAGGAUCGGUAUCCGUGGGGGUAUGAUGGGUAUACUGUAGGAGGAGCGAGGGUGAGUCGGUCGAAGAGCAGCGCGACGCGGAGUACGGCGAGUGGGAGCUCGGCGGAGGCGCUGCUGGAUGGGCGGGAGCCGAAUUUUAUUAGUGUUGUGUUGGGCCCGCGGCGGGCUUUGAGGGUUGUUAAUGGGAUGGAGAUGGAGGAGGGUUGAGGUGCUUUUCGUCUCUAUUUCUUUUGUUCGUUUGUGAUGAUAUGCGGGGGGACGCUGGAUGGAUGAAAUGUAUGGGAUAUUGGUUAUACGUAUGAUGAGUUUUUCGCUUGGUUUCGUUGGAUGAUUGUACGAUACCCCCUUUUUAGUUGUAUUCGGAUGGAUUAUAUAUCGU